CGUCAUGCACCGCGCGAGCAUACGAACAUAGCCAUCUUGUCACCGAGUCAGGGAAGUAAUAACAGUGCGGCUCUCGUCGGUAUAUCAGCGUUAUCCUAAAACAGUGACACUGCGACGUUUAUUUCUCCCCUUCCCUCGACCGUAAUUGCGUUUAUUAUAAGUGAGCAGUGAACUCAUUGGACAGUGCGCUGGGGAGUGCUUUGGAGGAGAUGUCUCGCUUACUUGUUCCGACGUAGGGGGAGUGUGCUGCAGCCAGUUGGCUUGACUCGCUAUCUUUUUGCGAGGGCUGCGGGCCCCUCCUCAGCCCUCAAGUAGGUCCCUCCCGUAGCGGUGAUUCCCAUCCGCCCGACUGGGGGACACUAGCAGGCAAGGCAGCCAGCCAGCCCGUCCCCGGACUUUGAAACAACUCCGUCCGGCGUUUGGACAUCGUCUGCGUCGUGAACCGCAUCCGGGGACCUGAAAGGGAUGGCGCAGAUUCACCUCAGUUACUCUUAAUCCUAAAAAAUUAUCACAGUGUGGCGUUUGGUAACUCUUUGAUCAAUUCUGACCCCAUAAAACCGGACCACCGCCUGAUGGACAGGACGUAAAUUUGCCUGCGGAGUAAUUGUCAGCCUCUCCUUUUCUGGUGGAGCAAGAUAUAGGCACACUCGAGGUGAGGAAUCGGCCAGCCACUAUGUCGAAAAUGCCAGCCAAGAAGAAGAGCUGUUUCCAGAUCACAAGUGUGACUCAGGCACAGGUGGCUGCUAUCGGUGCCGCGGACGACACAGAGAGCCUAGAGGACCCGGAUGAGUCCCGCGCCGAGGAUGUGUCGUCAGAGAUGUAUGACGUUUCCCGGACUGAGUAUGAGGCCGCAUGUGACAGGAGUUUGGCUGAAGAAGUGCUGAAUAAUGUCGGGGAGCCAGAAGCGACGGGAGUCGUGGCGUCGUCGCAUUUACCUCACUUCUCUGUGGUGUCAGUCAGUCCCUUGGGGGAGUUUCGGAAAGCGCCGGUGCAGGCUCUUGGCACACAACAACAGGCUGCCCUGACAUCCAGUCCCGGUCCUGUAAUUGUGUCUGUAAAUGUACCUCAACCCGCUACAGUGGCCAGUCCAGGUCCUCCUGCCCCUGCCGCCACAGUGACUUGUACUUCCCGUUUCAGGGUCAUCAAACUUGACCACGGUACUGACGAACCCUUCCGAAGAGGCCGGUGGAUAUGUACAGAGUUUUAUGAGAAAGAGUCAGAUGGUUCUGUAGUGAAUCGAACUGUUGAUGGCAUGAAGCGAGACGCCAGCGUGACAUCUGAGGUUGCUGUGGACAAAGACAGUGGGCUGGGGCAGACUGGUGGCUCUGUGGUUGCCCCGAUAACGCACACAAAUCAGGCCUCCGGUGCUUCACCGGGGGUCACCCGCAUGCAUCCGGCGGAGACGUUGGCGCAGCAGAACUUCAUCACGCGGCAACAUGCUGUCAGCGGGUCUGUCCCACAGAUUGCGCUCGCCAGUAGCAAGCCCACAUCUGUCCCAGUCCAGCCUGCGGUGGCAAGCGUGCAGCCUGCCGCUCCCCAGAGUGUCGGCAACGGAUUGCCUCAAUUGCAGAAGUCCCCCGUCUUGCCUCCAUCAACCCAGACGCAUACUUAUCAACUUUCCGUGGGACAUGACGUACCUGUCCAGAAACCGAAUGAAUUCUAUCAACAGCAGUCAGGACUCCCUGGCGGUCAGUCACUGUCAGUGUCUGGACAGUCAGCAGGGCCACAGUCAAUGGGACAAGCAACGUCUCCCGCUAUGCUUCAGGGCUCGGGGGGAGUUUCCACCCCCGGUCAUUUUGGGGACGUCGCUGGCGGAGGAAAGGGAAUACCCAGACAGAUAGCUCAGAGCCAGACCGGUGGAAUGGCAAGCGUCGCGGGCUCGGCGCUGGCUGGUGGAUCUGCUCACGGUCAGUAUGCUGCCACUGGACAGCCCAAAGCCCACGCCGUCCACCCCACAGCUGAUGGUGUAAAAAAUGUGCCUGUCACUGCGGUGAGCUCCAGCGUGGCCCCCGCUGUGCCUACUGCUGUGCCCAGUGCCUCCGCUGCAGCCGUGCCAAAGGUGACAGCCGCUAGUUUGACUCCAGGUCAGGUGAGCCAAGGGAAAGCAGCAGGUGCUUUGGCGGGUCACAGCCUCCUCGCAACCGGAUUUGGACAGGUAGAGGGAGGCGGUGUGAGGAAAUUGGAUGGGGUUGUCAAUGCCCAGUCAUUUAGGAAGGAUCUGGUGAAGCCCCUCAUGCCCGAGACCCUGCAGCUUGCCACUCCAACUGUCAACAGCCUGUUUGGAAUCCACAUACCUGUCGACGGGGACGAGGAGAGGAACCCCUCCAAGGCUUUCUACAAGGCCUUCCAGUCUGGCACCAGAUUAAGGGACUCAAAGGCCCACAGUGAUAGAUUCUCAGAUGAUGUCAGGUCUAAGUACCAUCAGAGAUUAAACCACACGCUGGAAGGAAGAGGAGAAGACAACCAGAACAGUGCCUCUGGAACCAAUAUUGUUGCCAUUGAUAAUAAAAUAGAACAGGCCAUGGACCUUGUGAAAAGCCAUCUGAUGUACGCUGUGCGGGAGGAGGUAGAGGUCUUAAAGGAGCAGAUCAAAGAGCUCUUCGAGAGGAACUCUGUGCUGGAGCGCGAGAAUGCCGUGUUGAAAUCUUUGGCCAACAGCGAGCAGCUCUCGCAGCUUCCCGCCCAGUUGGUGGGCCCUUUGACCGGCCCGACUGCGCAGCCGCCGGUCCAGCCUCCGCUCCUGCCUCUGCUCCAGCCUCCAUUCCAGCCUCUGCUCCAGCAGCAGCAGCAGCAGCAACAACAACUACCCAUGGUCCUGCAGACUCAUCCUCAGCUCGACGCAAGCCAACAGCAACCCAACGUCACCUCUGCUUGAAAACCCGCGCUACGGUUGUGGACGACCACAAGACGCGUUUCAAUUACAGUCAACCCCCGCUGGAAUCACGAUGGAGCCCUGCCAACAAUUGUGAUGCCAAACCAAAACUUCAAAUCUCACUUGAAACUAAUUAUUGCCCAUAAAAGUAAAAAGUUUACAGAUUCUUUGAUUUAUAGAAAACGCAACAGACGUAAUAUAAAUAACUUCUUUUAAAGUGCUUUGACGCAACUGGAGAGCAUUUGUUAGCUCAAGCAAGACUCUAAGCAUUGCAUCACUUCAACAUACUACACACAAAAAAAUGAGGGAUAGCAGGCUCAAGCAAGGAACAGAAUGGUUAAAUUCAUAAUAGGAGUUUGAAGCAAAAAUUUCAGGGGCAUUCAUUUCUCUUUGUUUUUGUGACUCUUGCCGUUUAUCUCCUCCAACCUGCUGAUUAUACUAAGCCCAGACGCCACUUCCCUGUGACGCGAUCCAUGUUCUGAGAGGGGGCGUGGCCACUGAGCUUGGAAUGCGGCUGAAGGAGUCUCAGAAAGACAAGUAGAUGAGAAGGUCAAGUUAAGUCAGCUAUAAAGGUCACAUGGCGUUUUGGGCUUAACCCAAAAUUUCCUUGAAAUUUGAUUCUCAUUUUUUUGUGCGUUAUGUGCUUCCUUGGUGCCAAACACAACUUUCCUAUUGACCAGGUGGGUAUUCCAGAAAGCGGGUUAUGUGAAAACUGUAAGUUACCUCAGAAACGAGGGAAACUCUGAGUUAUCCGUUCCAGAAAGAGGUAAGUUAAACUCUGGGUCAGUUACUGCGGUAACUUACUCUGUGAACAUAACCAGAGUUUCCACCAGUCUCCUCCCACACAAAGUAGUUAAGCAUGGAUUGUCCAUUCUAUUCAAAUCCGACGAACAGCGAAUCCGAUAAUUCACAAAGCGUUGCGUCGCAAAAGAAUCUUCCGACCCCGAUUAGACACUUUAUCAUUCCCGGAAGAAUAUCUUUUUGAACGCUACCUUUUCUUUAAAUAGUAUACUUUAUCUCAAUAACCUUCGCUGGGCGUGGGUUGCUUGAUGAUGUAGUGUAGGGGUGUCCAAACUACGGCAGUUGGCCCGCGGUCCAGUUUUUAUUGGCCCGCAGCAAAAUCUGAAAACAUAAUUGAAUAUGGCCCGCACAUGAAGCUUGAGCUCAACUCUGUUGCACUUCUCCGUUUCCACACUAGAUGAAGCCCGCAACACAAAGCGUUUGACGUCCCAUUAGAUUUGUGCCAAGUAUUGAUCCACAGUGUAUAAUUAACUAAGAGGAUGUUGGAAAACAUUUUGUUUGGGCUUUAUAUUAUUUGAAGUAACCACUGAAUUAAUAUUUUAGUUUAAAUUAAUACUGACGUUGUUUAAUAGCGCGAGUCCUUUUAAAAAAAAAAAAAAGUGAGGUGCAUUCACAGCCUAGCAAAACAUGCCUUACCUUUUUGACAAAUGUUUUUGUUUUGUUUUGAGCUGCUUCCAAGUUAUUUCUUUCUCCUGUUGAAUUGCACCUAAAUGAAAAUAAGAUUUCAUUCCUACUUAAAUUCAUAACUAUAGGCUAUGCUCUGAUCCUAUGGUUAGAUGUUACAUCAAUGAAAUAGGACAUUCAAGCUUGUGCAUCGAGCAGCAAUUUCCUCCCAUGACGUCUCUCUCUUCUUCGCUGCUUUAGCUGUAUUAAAUCUGCGGCAAAAAAAACUUUAGUACUCGCCGUAGGCCUGCAUAAAGACCAAUAAAGUAAAAUAAGGUGAUCUGUUUUUCCUCAGAUGUCAUGGUGACUCGUGGUAUCAGGGAUCGAUUGAUAAUGGUUUUUUAUAAGAGUUGUGCACGGGCGUAACUCCAGGUGAACAUACUCAGAGUUAAUUGAAGUAACUCAGAUCAGCUUUUCUGGAACCAAAUACUCAGAGUCUCCCAUCUCGGAGUAAGUCAACUCAGAGUUUAGGGAUAGACUCAGAGUAUGUUUAACCUGCUUUCUGGAAUACCCCUCAGGUCUUUGGCACUUGUGGCAUUUUAGGGCGUGACAGAAAAGCACAGAAAUACACCAAGAUCUAUCGAAAGGUGGGGGAUCACUAUAUUGUAUGUGAAUUAUACAGGGGGAAAAAAACGUUUUAAACUGUUGUCCUGUUGUCCUCUUAGCCACCAGCUUGACCACAAAGUGCAGUGCUUGUAUGACUGUCUGUGUGCGUGUCUGUACUGUGGGCCUUUCCAGUGUUAAUGCAAUCAUCAGGAGUCAGAUGGGACAGCAUGUGUCAGACAACUCGGGGUGGUGUUUCUUUUUUGAAACUUGGCUGACCACGUGCGGACGACUGCAGGGGUUCAAGACUGAUCUGAGACCUGCACGAAUCUCCAUAGGAAAGGCCAGAGCGAGGGGUUUUGCCACAUCCUUCUGGACAAAUGAUUGUAAAAAGAAUAUUUUUUUAAGAAAUGUGGGUAAAGUGUGUGUGUGUGGGAGGGGGGGGGGGUGCAUUUUGGCCUUGCUGAAUUCUUGUAAAGAAAGAGUCUUGUCUAUGUCGUUGUGGAUCAACCCCUCCAUCAGUCUUCUGCUGUCAAGUGUUUUAUUUAUUACAGGGGCUGCUAUAUUCAUAAAUUAAUUGAAUGAAACAAUAGCCCUCUCUUGCUCUCUCCUUUCUUUUUUUUAAACAGUGUUUGGUAAAAAAAUUGUCCAACCCUCCCAGGUAGCCAAUGCUUUACAACAGGGGUUCUCAAACUGGAGUCUGGGUCAACAAAAUAAUGUUAAUUAUUUAUGUUGGAUCCUUUUUCUUUUUUUUUUUUUUUUUUUUAAGUGUGUAACCUUAAUAGCAAAUUUGCAUAUAGUCAAAUACUCUCAUGACUCUACAAUAUUUUAAAUUGUUCUUCGUUUUUUUCAGAGUAAUUAUGAAUUUGUACUUUUUUAUUUUUUUAACAUUAUGGCUGUUUUCUUAGGUAUAGGCAACCCUUAUGGCAAUUAGUUGUUUUGCCAGCCCUUCAGUGGGCCAAGGAAAAUUAAGACACACCAACAAACAAAAAGCAGAUACAUGGCUUUUGUAUUUUCUGUCUUUCAGUGGAAGAGCUUUUAAUUGUUCUGCCUGUCGCUAUAUGACACUGGCACGGAAAAUCACUAAUUAAGUGGUACGCAUAGUAGUUGCAUUUAAUUGCCGUUACGAUUAUAAUUAUGACCUAAUCCUUGUUUUGUUUUUUUCCCCUGACCCCAGAAAGUUUGAGAACCCUUGCCAAUUUUGAGUUAACGAGACUCGGUAUGAAUGUAUGUUAUUAAAUCCUCAAAAGCCUUGAUCGGUGACUCCUCACCUGCUGUUAUCAAAUCUGAUCCGGUGCCCAACCUGAAGCUGAAGUUGUGAAUUGGUAUUGCCACACUUUCACUUGAGUGGAGGGAAAGCUGUGAAAUAAUUCAACCUGCUUUGUAACCAUAGAUGCAAAGCUGUGUCAAUUGAAAUAAUUUCUUAAUUUAUUUUUUAUACACCCAUGUACACUACUCAGAACUAUUGGCACUUAGGUUGAAAUUUCCGGGUGAAUAAAAAAUAGCCUUUCUGCGACUCUUCCACUCUCUGUUGGUCACUCACUGAAAGAUUGUGGCAAGUUUCACAAAACAAGACCUGGUCUUGAUGACUCGUACGUUGGUGCCUUUCUGUGACUCUUCCAGUCUCAGAAAUGCACAGAAGCAGACUGAGUGCAUUCAAAAGUGAACUUAAAAUUAAAUUCACCUGGAAAUGAUCCAAGUAAUUGUUAGCUUCAUCUAGAAAUAUCACCCAAAUCCCUAACUUUUUUGUCCUAGUAGUGUAUAUUCUUUCUGUUUUUUACCUGUGACCCAUCACAAAAUAUAUUCGUUGCCAUUCA